UUUGAGUCCAGCCUGACUAAACUGCUCUUGAAGAAGAAGAUGAUAACGAAAAUAACAUAAAAAGAGGAAGAAGUCGAAUCUGGAAAGCAAACCACCUAAAAUAACACAUUCCUUUGAUUGUAGGCUAAGAAUGAAAGGUUUGUAUUGUCGAGCGACUGGGCGUGAUGGGGAACUCCAGUUCAUGAUUCAGGAGACGAGACUUCCAGAGGUCUUGAGCAGUCAUCAGGUCCGUGUUGAAGUCAAGGUGUGUGGACUAAGCAGCGUGGACCUCCAGCUGCUCAGGGAGAUGAAGAUUGAACGAGAUUUGAUAUCUGUUGGUCGAGAGGUCGUUGGAGUUGUUAAACAAGUGGGGUCCAAGGUGUCUCUAUUCCAGCCGGACGAGGAGGUUGUAGGAAUUCUCCCUCUAGAUUGUCCUUUCUCGGGGCUCUGUGGAGUCAUUGAUAUUGAUGAACAUUAUUUAGUCCAUAAACCAGUGCAGCUGAGUCGGGUCACUGUGGCUGCAGCCCUGCGCGAUGCUGUGGCUGCUUACACUGCUCUGCACACUCUGGCUCACAUGGCAGACAGACACAGUGUCUUGGUGGUGGAUGGAGCCAAUUCGUUUGGCCUCAUGUGCAUCCAGCUGGCCUGGUACCAUGGGCUGAAGGUCUUGACCACUUCACAUUCCUCACAAGACCACACCUUCCUGGAACAGCUUCGACCAACUGUAGGUGUUCAGGAUCCUAUUGUAGCCAGGGUGAUUCCAGUCUACAAGGGCCAAAUCUCAAAUCUUGUGCCUGCAGUCCUGGAAGAAACUGGUGAUCUAGGUGUGGAUAUAGUCAUAGACUCUGGAGUGCAUCUUCACAAGGAAGAAGAAGAAGCAGAUUUUGUCCCCCACAAACAUGACCUAAUUGAUGUGCUUGCUGUUGGAGGCCACUGGGUCACCUCUCACCCACACUUGCAAUUGGACCCUCCAGACUGCAGUUACCUUCAUCUGAAGUCAGCCUCUGUGUCAUUUCUAAACCCUGAAGUUUGGACUGCUUCAUCUGCUCAACAUGGAAGAUAUUUGCACAUUCUCAAGGACAUUGUAGAUAAAAUGUCUACAGGAGUACUGAGACCGCAGCCAGAAGAGGCAUUACCACUGUACGAAGCCACUGUUGCCAUGGAAAACAUCCAGCAUCAUCCAAAGAGAAAGGCUGUGGUGAAACUCACAGCUGAGGACUAAUUUUACACUUUUAUAGGGGCUGCAUGUCCUGCACUAAAAUGUGGCAUUAGAGAUGUAAAUAAAAAAGUUUGCAAAUCUUCA